AUGCCCCGCAAACACAGCGAUGGCAGCGGGCUGUGGAGGGAGAGCAGCCCCGGGCCGAGGGGUGGAGGUGCGGGCGCGGACGGGCUCCGGCUGCAGGCGGUGGCGACAAGCGACGUGGAGAGCGGCCCGCAGCCCGGCCCCGACGGUACCCUGCUGCUGAGCGGCGAGGAGAGGGCGCCGAGCCCCCGCCUCAGCCCACGGAUCCCAGCCCUGGACGGGCGCUCCCGCACCGCCCGCAGCAACGCGCGUUACCGCAGGCUGCAGAACCUGCUCUACAAUGUCCUGGAGAGACCGCGGAGCUGGGCGUUCACCUACCACGGGUUCGUGUUCCUGCUGGUCUUUGGCUGUUUGGUUCUGUCUGUGCUCUCUACAAUCCCGGAACACGCCACUCUUGCUUCACAUUGUCUCUUCAUCCUGGAAUUUGUGAUGAUUGUGGUGUUCGGGCUGGAGUUCAUCAUACGGAUCUGGGCGGCGGGCUGCUGCUGUCGCUAUCGCGGCUGGAUGGGUCGCGUUCGCUUUGUGCGGAAGCCCUUCUGCGUCAUCGAUAUCAUCGUACUGAUCGCCUCCAUUGCGGUCAUUGCCGCCGGCACCCAGCAGAACAUAUUCGCCACUUCCGCCCUCCGAAGCCUCCGCUUCCUGCAGAUUCUCCGCAUGGUGCGUAUGGACCGUCGAGGAGGCACUUGGAAGCUGCUGGGCUCCGUGGUUUAUGCGCACAGUAAGGAACUGAUCACGGCGUGGUACAUCGGCUUCCUGGUCCUCAUCUUCUCCUCCUUCCUCGUCUACUUGGUGGAGAAGGAUUCCAACGUGCAGUUUGCCACAUACGCAGAUGCUUUGUGGUGGGGCACAAUUACGCUGACGACCAUCGGUUACGGGGACAAGACUCCCACUACCUGGUUGGGAAGGCUGCUGUCGGCAGGAUUUGCACUCCUCGGGAUCUCCUUCUUUGCACUUCCUGCGGGUAUUCUUGGCUCAGGGUUUGCCUUAAAAGUUCAAGAGCAACAUCGGCAGAAACAUUUCGAGAAGAGGAGGCAUCCAGCCGCCAGCCUCAUUCAGGUAGUGUGGCAUAGUUAUGCUGCUGGUGAUGAGAACUCGGUUUCCAUAGCAACCUGGAAGCCACAUUUGAACGCCUUGCAUAUCUGCAGCCCCGCAAAAAAAGAGCAAGGAGAGCCUCUCACCAGUAAGCCUUUUAAUAAUAAACAGAAGCUCUUCAGGAAAUACACCUCCCGGAAAUAUAGCCACAAAUUAAGUUUUAAGGAUCGGGUGCGGAUGGCCAGCCCCAGGGGUCAAGGGGCGAAGGGCAGACAAGCCUCACUAGGUGCAGACCGCCCGUCACCUAGCAACGAGCUCACCACAGAGACCAGUCCCAGCAAGAUGCAGAAGAGCUGGAGCUUCAAUGACCGGACUCGACUGCGACCUUCACUGCGAUGUAAGACCAGUCAGGCACGGGGCAUCUCAGCCGAUGCUGUCAUGUCUCCAGAUGAAGGCUUUGAUGAGAGGGCAGGGAACCCUGAGCUCUCAGUAGAGGAACUUACACCCGUGCUCAAGACUGUAAUUAGGGCCAUCAGGUUUAUGAAGUUUCACGUCGCAAAGCGGAAGUUCAAAGAGACUCUACGACCCUACGACGUGAAGGAUGUGAUUGAGCAAUAUUCAUCUGGACAUCUGGACAUGCUCGGUAGGAUUAAGAGUCUGCAGUCACGGUGA